AUGCUGCGCCGAUUCUUUCAUUCUCAUGUGGCUUUCGUCCAGCCAAAAACAACGCGGAGAUAUGCAACGAAGCCAAGUUUUGCAAAGAAAGCUCUUCGUCCUAUCCACUUUGAGCCCGACAAAGAUGAUAUUGCCGAAAGACCGUUUCGCAUCGUGGGUGUACGUGAUGCUGAGAUUGAGGACUGGGAUUAUCCAGCUCGUGUAGAAUCGGACUGGAAGAAUAAAAAUCGCGUCUUGCGGAACCGCUUUGGACAUCCGAACUUUAUUAGUCUGUGGGUCGAUAAGCUUACGGAGGUGGAAGGUUACUUGAAGCAAGAAAAAGUUCCAUACACAAGUGAAGGUAUUGUUAAAGGCCCUGAGGGUCAUGAUGUGCUGGUCAUCCCUCCUAGCGAAAAUCGCAGUAGCGUCGAGUAUUUCAAUCUUUGCGACAAUCCCACAAUGGUGGAGCUGGUGCAGGCUACUCCUGAAAUAAUUCAGCAAUACGACGCGAGAAAUGAAGUCAAUGUGCUGAGUCGUGAUGAAUCCAGUUAG